GACGGGCACCGAGUACGUUACGAAGCAGUACCGAAAGCAGCACAGAGAAGCUUCUCAUUUAUGCCAAUGGUGAAUACUUUUCCUUAUUUCCGUCUCAUCGAUUUCAUCAUGUUAUCUUGUAUCAUACAUUUUGCAUGAGAUUUUAAAGCUUCGUGUGAACUAAAAAAGGCACUCUAUUUCAAAAGAUCCAAAAUAUAUCAGGAACCAGUCCAUUAAUACCUGUUUUAUAUUCAAAAGGAUUUUUACGCAACCUGUUCUAUUGAAAUCAAGAUCUUUUCAUCUGACGGAAGACAUUUGAACAACGACAGUACAUAUCGCACAAGCGUGCAAAAAAACAAGAAGAGAAUCGUUCAAUGCUUAAUAAACAAUAAAAUAUCAAGGAAGACAACGCUGAGGAAGUUAUUUAAAAGAUUGAUGAAUUAAAGGUAAAAGAAAAAAGAAAAAAAGAAAUUAACUUUAAUGGGAAACAACCUGGUCUUCAGAUGGAAGAAAAUGUUAACAAAACCAUUUAAUUUUGAAAAGAAAUUCGGUCGCUCCACUGCGAUCGUUUCAGUGGUAUGUUUAGUUGUAGCCAUCCUCGUUAUCCUAAGUAACCAAAGGUUUCCCAGCCGUGUAUAUGACUUCAUCAGAUCGCUGUCGACCGCACACGAUAAGUUAGGUAUUAACCAAUCGGAGAGCGAUUUUGAACCGGACCUUGAAGACGAUGGCCCACGAUUGCCAAACGACGUCGUGCCGAAAGCGUACGAUUUGAGUAUCGCGGCAAACUUGUCAACGAUGAAGUUCUCCGGAGAGGUUAAGAUAACAAUCAUAUGCAAGCAACCAACGGAUAAAAUCAUCCUUAAUGCAAAAGAAAUGGACAUAUUUCAAACGAACGUCACGAAAAGAAAAGCAGGGAAACUUCUAAAAAUAAAAGACAGCUUCAUGAAAACCAAAUACGAGCAUUAUAUCAUUGAACUGGAAGAAGAACUCGUCAAGCAUAAAAAAUACACAGUCAUCUUGGGUUACACGGCUAAUGUAUCCAAAACCUUAGAUGGACUCUAUAGAAGUUACUAUACAACGGAACUUGGCGAGAGAAGGCCGCUGGUUGCAACUCAUUUCGAACAAAUGAAAGCACGAAAGGCGUUUCCAUGUUUUGAUGAGCCUGCAAUGAAGGCAAAGUUUACGCUACACAUCUCACGUGACCCAACCCACCAAUCACUAUCGAAUAUGCCGAUUGACCGCGAGGAUCGAAAAAGGUUUGACAUGAUCGUGGAUCACUAUGUGACCACGCCACCCAUAAGUACUUAUCUGGUGGCAUUUAUGGUCAUGGAUUUCAAGCAUGUUGAAAAAACGAGUCAAUCUGGAGUGAAGGCUUAUACGAAAUGA